AUGUCCCCUAACGCGCCCGACACAUCGACGACCCCGGCAGAGAUAGCAUUCGCCGAUGACGCCGAACCUUUCGUCCCCAAGCCCUUGAUUGACGAUCUCCUGCGCACGCGCUACUGCAUCCCGGGAUCCGUCUUCCUCGUCGAGGACAUUAAGUCGCUCCCCGUUCCGCGCUCGAGACGAUGGCGCGCCUUGAGGCUGAUGCUCGGCGACGGUGAGCUCUGCAUACAGGCCUUGCUCCGCGGGGAGAUGCACCGUUUCCUCGAUUCGGGCGCCGUCAGGGUUGGCUGCUACGUGCGCUUGGGCGACUUUAGCCUUCGUUUCCACAAUAGCACGGAUGACGCCCAUCGUUCUGGUGGGACGCGGCAGCUGGUCUAUUUGGUUGUUCAUGAUCUGGUCACUGUUGGGUGGCAUAGGUCUCUUACAGUUCCCGGCCCGAUGCCCCAGCCACCUCACCAACACACGGCAGAGGAUGCUUUCGUCUCAGACAGCGACCUCGACAUCGACGGCGUGGAAGCUGCCAAGGAACAUCAGGAUGAGGAAGACGACGCAGGAGAGGGUUUUGAGGUUAUGCAAGUGUCGGCAGCCAAGGCGACACAGCGAAGAGCCCAGGCAAGGAACGUGACGGUAACCGUCGCUCUGCCACGCGACUGGACGGACCCAACCAUCCCCUUGAAGCUGACGCCCCUGCGAUCCAUCCCGAACUUGCCUUACAAACAGAACUGGUCCGUCAACGUCCUCGCCAUCGUGACGUCGCUUUCCGAUGUCGAGCCUUCUCACAUGCACCCACACACCCAGAGGACGGCGAGACUGGCCGAUCCAAGCACUACCAAACACGUCAUCCUCACUGUCUUUCUCGACGCGGAAGAGUUCAAUCCUAAGAUUGGCAAUGCCGUGCUUCUUGUCGGCGUCAAGAACCACCGCUUCGACGGCGGCUGUCUGAAGAAGUACGUCAGCGACAAGCCCAAGCCGGGCGCCCGCUGGUGGUUUGAGAAUCCACGGCAAUUCGAUUGGUGCGACGUCGACGGCCUGGUUCAGUGGUGGGAGCAAUCGCAACGACAAGGGGCGGUCGUCAAGAAUGCAUGA